GCCAGGGAAAGACGCUGAUCUGGAUGCUGGUCUUUUCUCUGGUCCCGUAUAUCUGCUGAACCCCAUUUCCACUAAAGCGCUGCAUCACAAACACAUUAUUCAACUGUUGCAGCUCGUUUGCUGAUUGAUAAAAUAUUCGAGUGAAUCAGAGCCUUCCCCUCCGCGGGUGCUAUUUGAAGAGGAAGAGGAGUUUUUACGGGUUGCUUUUCAAGUGAAAUCUCUUGAAUCUGGAUUUGAUUUUGUUUUCGUCACCGGGGUUGCCGUCGCUGCUGCUGCCGCUGCAGGGCAAGAGUUAAUGCUCAUUCAUAUUUUGUUUUUGAGGAAGAAACGGCUUGAAAAAUUGGAAGGACAUUGAAAAGGCUCCGUUCCUGGACUGAUUCACCCCCGUCAGUCCAUUCUUCUUUUCUCACCGCAGUUGUCAAGUUGGAACACUGCUGGGGAAUGGACAAACCCCUGUAAACGAAGAGCUGCUCCCUCAUAUUUAACACAAUACACCCGGACGUGUUUGAACGUGAAUCAGCUAAGUGGAAUGGUUUCUGAGUAUUUUAAAGUUCACUUGCCAGACGUCAGCGCUACCUACAUAUAAUCAAGACUGAAGCAGAAGAAAAAUCGUUUUUUUUUUUCCUCACAAGAGACGAAAAAGUGGAUUUUAAAACGUCUGUUAAAGAGUCUGUCAUGUCUCCAGUUGUCUGCGCUGCUUAGCAUCCGGUGUUGGUUGGAGAGAAGAAGUCAGCGGAGUAUGUUUACAUCCCUGUUUACAUGGUGACUGAAAAGAACAUGCACUUGCAGGUCAGGAGUUAACCUCAGUUGUUCAUCUCCUACAUGUGCCAUCUCUGAGAACUACACUACCCACAUAUCUCGAGCACCUACAGGAGGACUUUCUGGUCUUACUCAUUGUUCAUCAAUCUUAGUACCAAUUCUUACAUUUAAAAAGAUAUUUUUAAAGUAGGAGUAGAAAUACAACACUGCAAUAAAGAAAACCAGAAUGGCCAACAACACAGUGGACCACCCUCCGGGGAAUUCGGUGGCUGAGGGCAACCAUGAAGGGGAUUUUGGUGUGACUGUGAUGGAACUGAGGGGCCUGAUGGAGCUUAGAAGUGGUGAGGCUGUGGCCAAGAUAGGAGACACCUACGGAGAUGUGCAGGGGAUAUGUCGCCGCCUGAAAACAUCGCCUAUAGAAGGUCUAUCUGGCAAUCCUGUGGAUCUAGAGAAGCGCCGCACAGCUUUCGGAAAGAAUUUCAUCCCUCCCAAGAAGGCUAAGACUUUUCUGCAGUUGGUGUGGGAGGCUCUGCAGGAUGUCACCCUCAUCAUCCUUGAGAUCGCUGCCAUCAUCUCCCUGGGCCUGUCCUUCUACCACCCACCAGGGGGCGACAGUGAGAUGUGCGGGGCAGUGGCAGGUGGUGUGGAGGAUGAGGGUGAAUCUCAGGCUGGCUGGAUCGAGGGUGCUGCCAUCCUCUUCUCAGUCAUCAUUGUGGUUCUGGUGACAGCCUUCAACGACUGGUCCAAGGAGAAGCAGUUUCGCGGGCUGCAGAGUCGCAUUGAGCAGGAGCAGAAGUUCACAGUCAUCCGCAAAGGCCAGGUCAUCCAGAUCCCUGUGGCUGAGAUUGUGGUGGGAGACAUUGCCCAGAUCAAAUAUGGUGACCUGCUGCCUGCUGAUGGCAUCUUGAUUCAAGGCAACGACCUGAAGAUUGAUGAGAGCUCUCUGACUGGUGAAUCAGACCAAGUCAGGAAGUCCCUGGAGAAGGAUCCCAUGCUGCUGUCUGGAACCCAUGUGAUGGAGGGAUCGGGUAGAAUGGUAGUGUCAGCAGUUGGACUCAACUCUCAGACUGGCAUCAUUUUUACUCUCCUGGGCGCUGGAGAGAAUGACGAAGAGAAGAAGGUCAAGAAAAGUAAAAAACAAGGACCCCCUGAAAAUCGCAACAAAGCUAAGACCCAGGAUGGCAUUGCACUGGAAAUCCAGCCCCUGAAGAGCGAGGAGGCCGCUGAAUCAGAGGAGAAGGAGGAGAAGGAGGAGGCCAAGACGGUGAAGAAGGUCAAUGUGACCAAGAAGGAGAAGUCUGUGCUGCAGGGAAAACUCACCAGGCUGGCUGUACAGAUUGGGAAGGCUGGUCUGAUCAUGUCGGCCGUGACAGUCAUCAUCCUGAUCCUUUACUUUGUAAUUGACACCUUUGGGGUCCAGCGUCGUCCAUGGCUCACCGAGUGCACCCCCAUCUACAUCCAGUACUUUGUAAAGUUCUUCAUCAUCGGUGUAACGGUGCUGGUGGUGGCUGUUCCUGAAGGGCUGCCACUGGCUGUCACCAUUUCUCUGGCCUACUCUGUCAAGAAAAUGAUGAAAGACAACAACCUGGUACGUCAUCUGGAUGCCUGCGAGACCAUGGGUAAUGCCACAGCCAUCUGCUCGGACAAGACUGGCACGCUGACCAUGAACCGCAUGACAGUGGUCCAGGCCUACAUCGGUGACACCCACUAUAAGACUGUCCCUGACCCCAGCGUCAUCAAACCAGAGACGCUGGAAAUCAUGGUCAACAGCAUUGCCAUCAAUUCUGCUUACACUACCAAGAUCCUGCCACCAGAAAAGGAGGGUGGCUUGCCAAGACAUGUGGGUAAUAAGACAGAGUGUUCCCUGUUGGGCCUGGUGCUGGAGCUGAAGAGGGACUACCAGCCUAUCAGGGAUGAGAUUCCAGAGGAGAAACUCUACAAAGUUUACACCUUCAACUCCUCCCGCAAGUCCAUGAGCACCGUACUGAAGAACAGCGAUGGAGGAUUCCGCAUGUACAGCAAAGGAGCUUCAGAGAUCGUCCUGCGCAAAUGCUCUCGUAUCUUGGACGCCCAGGGCCAGCCACGCAUCUUCAAGCCCAAGGACCGAGAUGAGAUGGUGCGUAAGGUGAUUGAGCCCAUGGCCUGUGAUGGGCUGAGGACCAUCUGUGUGGCCUACAGGGACUUUCCUGCAGAGGCUGGUGAGCCUGAAUGGGACAGUGAGAAUGACAUCCUCAGUGAUCUGACCUGCAUUGCUGUGGUCGGCAUUGAAGAUCCUGUCCGUCCUGAGGUACCUGAGGCUAUUGCUAAGUGCCAGCGUGCUGGCAUUACUGUACGUAUGGUCACUGGGGACAACAUCAACACUGCUCGUGCCAUUGCAACUAAGUGUGGAAUACUACUUCCUGGAGAGGACUUUCUGUGUCUGGAGGGCAAAGAGUUCAACCAGCAAAUCCGCAAUGACAAGGGAGAGGUGGAGCAAGAGCGUCUGGACAAGGUUUGGCCCAAGCUGCGCGUUCUAGCUCGUUCUUCACCAACAGAUAAACACACUCUGGUCAAAGGCAUCAUUGACAGCACAGUGGGUGAAACCCGGCAGGUGGUGGCUGUAACUGGUGAUGGUACCAAUGACGGUCCUGCCCUCAAGAAAGCUGAUGUUGGAUUUGCUAUGGGUAUUGCUGGCACAGAUGUGGCUAAGGAGGCCUCGGACAUUAUUCUGACUGAUGACAACUUCACCAGCAUUGUCAAGGCCGUCAUGUGGGGACGGAACGUCUAUGACAGCAUCUCCAAGUUCCUGCAGUUCCAGCUCACAGUCAAUGUCGUGGCUGUCAUUGUGGCCUUCACUGGUGCCUGUAUUACACAGGACUCUCCACUGAAAGCGGUGCAGAUGCUGUGGGUCAACCUGAUCAUGGACACCCUUGCCUCCCUGGCCUUGGCCACCGAGCCCCCAACCGAGUCCCUGCUGUUGCGUAAGCCCUACGGCCGCAACAAGCCCCUCAUCUCUCGCACCAUGAUGAAGAACAUCCUCGGCCAUGCCGUCUACCAGCUUGUGAUCAUUUUCACCCUGCUGUUUGCCGGUGAGAAUUUUUUUGACAUCGACAGUGGCCGCAACGCACCUCUCCACUCGCCACCCACUGAGCACUACACCAUUGUCUUCAACGUCUUUGUCAUGAUGCAGCUCUUCAACGAGAUUAAUGCCAGGAAGAUCCAUGGAGAGAGGAAUGUAUUUGAGGGAGUCUAUCGGAACCCCAUCUUCUGCAGCGUUGUCUUGGGCACUUUUGCGCUCCAGAUCGUCAUUGUUCAGUUUGGCGGAAAGCCUUUCUCGUGCACUGCUCUGACCAUUGACCAGUGGCUGUGGUGUGUGUUCAUUGGUGUUGGAGAGCUGCUCUGGGGUCAGUUAAUCUCAGCCAUACCCACCCACCAUUUGAAGUUCCUGAAGGAGGCGGGCCACGGCAUCACCAAGGAGGAAAUCCCAGAGGAGGAGCUGACUGAGGGCGCUGACGAGAUCGACCAUGCUGAGAUGGAGCUGAGGAGAGGGCAGAUCCUCUGGUUUAGAGGCCUCAACCGCAUCCAGACUCAGAUGGAUGUGGUGUAUACCUUCCAGACAGGCCAGGCAGCAGUGCCUGGUGCCCUGCGCCGCCAGCCCUCCGUCGUCAGCCAGCACAAUGACAUUAAGGUGGUGAAUGCGUUCCGUAGCUCCCUUUACGAGGGGCUGGAGAACCCAGAAUCCCGCAGCUCCAUCCACAACUUCAUGGCCCAUCCUGAGUUUGUGCCUCUCUCCGAGGAGGAGGCUCGCAUCCCCCCGAUCGAGGAGACCGGAGAUGAGAUUGAAGCCCUCCCCAGUGCUUCCUCUGGAGAGGGAGAAGGAGGAGAAUGAGAGCCCUGCCCUGCUACUUCCUCCCAUAGCCUGUAGUCCUCCAUGUGAUCACCACCGCCUCCUCCCUCUGCUCUCCUCUCCUCUCCUCAGCUUCUACAGAAUUCCCUCUCACCACACACACACACUCUCUCUCUCUCUCUCUCUCUCUCUCUCUCUCUCUCUCUCUCUCUCAGCUCCAAGUUUCCCAUGUUAUGCAUUCACAAACUAUGGUGAGGAUGGAGCUCCAUGUCCCUCGGUCCCACCCCCUCCAAGCCCCUCCUGACACCUCAUUGUUUUUGAUGACUCAUACUGACUGUGGAGUUGCUCUGCCUGUAAGUUUGUGCAUCUAAGUGAUAUAUGAAGAGACCCCCCCACCCCCACCCCUCCACUACAUACUCACACACACACACACACACACACACACAAACACACACACAUACACAGACACACCUUUAAUUCACUAGAAGGUGGAGUCCAGAGCCUCCAUCCACUUUGGAGGGCUGAUGCCAGUCCUGUCCACCUCUGCUCUUUUUCUUUGUUUGUUUUUAUGUGAUGAUCCUUUUUUUUUUUUUUUUUUUAAAUUCCUUUAAGCCUUGUUUCUUGUUUGGUCAGAUUUUCUGCGUGGGACUGAAAAGCAGCAUAUUGUGUUUGUUCUGUACUUCAUUCCUGCAUAAUGCUCUCAAAUAGGAAAAAACGUGUUUUUUUUUUUUGUUUUUUUUUAAAGAGUGCAUUGAUUCUCAUGUACAUACGCUUUUGCUCUUCUAUACAGCUAAAAGCAGGUUUGGUGAUGAGAGGAUAAUAGGCAGUUGCAAAAAUGUAACCAUUGAUAACAUUAUUCCAUUUUCGCCGAGGAUUUUUUUUUAAAUUCCAAAUGUACAGAAUUGUUUUCCAAUCUUCUAAGGAAUGUGUAUUAAUGUUUGAUUCAACUCAAAAUAAUGAUAACGUCUUAAUUGAGUGUGACAUUACAGGCUUUAGGUUUAACUGCUAAAAAAAUCCAACUCCCUCCUUAAUCAUGUCCAUAUGGGCCAUUUUCUUUCUUUUUUGUUGUAUGUGGAAGGACAGCGCUGAGGAUCUCUAGAGGGUUUUAUACACCAAAACAGAAAACGGCUGCUUCAAAAAGAGAGGGAUGAUAAUGUAGAAAUAGAGGUGGGGUGGGGGGGUUCUGAUUUAAUCUCAUCCAGUCAGGGUUCUGGUUCUCUCCAGCCUCUCAGUAAGGCUACGUCCACACGGAGACAGAUUUUUUAUUUUAUUUUAUUUUAUUUUUUUUUGAAAAUCCAACCUUUUCUUUUCAUUUCAACCUGCUGUCCACAUGAAAGCCUGUUUUUGGUAAAACAAAUUUGAAAAAAAAAAAAUCAUUUUUGGCAGACACUAAGACACUCGUGUUGUGUCGUAAAAACGAAGUGGUUUGAAAAGGCUGCUGUCACCGGCACCGCUUUGCUUCCAUUCCACUUCCUUUUUUAAUGGAUGAAUAAAGUUGCAUUUUCAAAAAAAAUAAAAAUAAUAAUAAUAAUGAUCUCCAUGUAGACAUAGCCUAAGUUGACAUCUUAACAUACUGCCUCAAUCUUGAGUUCAGAAUAUAAGCGUGAAGAGGAGUGUUAUUAUCCCCCCUCCCCCCAGUGGUGUGCAUGUUUCAUCUGUGUUGCGUAGCAUGGUCAUUUAGGAGAAUGUGGGAUCCCAUGUUUUGUGGGUGUCAGAGUACCCACCUGUGUUUAAGACAAAUUCUUGGUAUUAGUUAGUUUGUUUUUUUGGGUAGAGAACCCAACCAUGGGCGCAGUCUGUCUACCAAAAAUAGGGAUUACAUCAAGCUCUCAACAAAAGGGGGCUUCUGGCUCGUCCCCGUCGGCUCCUGUGUGUCUGCUGUUAGAGAACUUCACUGUGUUGACCGUGUCAAGGGACACGGGGGGCUUGAUCUCACCCGAGCCAUGGGGAAAACAAUCAGCAUCCAGAUCUAAAUCCACUAUGUAUCCUCUCCUGCCGCUCGCCUCCUGCUUUCCCAUCCGUUACCCUGCGAUCGGUAGAGACGCAGCUUCUGUAAAGCUCCUUCAGGCAAAGCCACAGAUUACUCUUAAAGGGGCACUCCUCGAUUUGGGCUCUACAGAACAACAGCGGCCCAAGAAUCUAAACAGCCAAGCAAAGCUCGGCUGCCAGAGGUAGGGAAGUGCCAACAUGGCCGAUAGAGGCGCCUGUUGACGAGUUCAGCACCAAAACAACUUGACUGAAACACAGCAGCACUCUGAGGGAAAAUGAAGGAGUGUGCCUUUAAAAGAAGAAGGAAUGAAUUCUAGAACCCAGCCACUGAUGCACCCCCCGCCCCCACCCCUCUCUGUCAUUCUCUGCACCAACCCUUAGACUAGAAGCCACUUAGUAAAGAGCACGGUAGGUAUUAAAUAGGACAUGUUGUUAUUAUUAUUAUUAGGACAUGUUGAAUUAAUAUACUACUACUGCCAUAUUUCCAACUUCUUUAUCACGACGAGCUUUCUUCUCUACACCCAUUCUGAUGAGCUUUUUCUACAUAACUCAGAGCCAUAUUUUAUAGGUUGUCUAUAUUGUUUUGUAUCUCAUUGUUACCAAGGUUCCCUUUGAAUUUUCUCAAAAUGCCCCCCACCCCCAUCCCACCCCUGCCCCCUUUUACUUCAAACAUGACCAAAUAACAAAGAGAAAACCUACAGUUGUCACUGCCGAAUUAAGUUAAAGGACCUCUACGAUGUUUACAUGAAGACCAAGUGGGUGGCAGUUUGCCUGGCACUGCGCGUCCCUCAUCUGACCUGCCCGCCCCACCCAACCCCAGCCCAGCCCACCCCCAGCCUCUUUGUCAUUCCCUUGAUUUCCUUAGUCUUAGAGUUACUAUUUAACUAAUGAGGAAUCUUUCUUGCAUGGUUUUCAUAUAAAACUCAAUGUUUUGCUCAUUUUUUUACAAUUAUUCUGUAUUUUUAUAUUAAGUACUUUUUAAUAUUUUGGAGAUAUAUGAAUAUAUAUGUAUAGCCUGAAGAGUUUGGUGACAAGUACAGUACAUGAAUGAGAUGAAUCUACCAUGGAGUAUGUCUUUUUACAGUUCGCUAAAUAUUUAUGCCACGUUUGUCUUCUUGGUCAACUGAUGUUAGGGCUAGGUAACCCACAGUGGCUUGUUUACUUCCUGUUGGCCAUACAAUUGGAAUCUCAGCAAAUCUAGUCUUACCACCCCCUUUUUGCAGAAGUGUGGUCACCUUAUUUAAGGUCCUGUGUGAGACGACACCCUAUGUGUAAUUCUCCAACUCCACUGGGGUUCAGCAAAUGGAAAGUGAAUCCAACUAACACAGAACAACACAUUAAAUGCAAGUGUAUAAUUAUUUAAUCAACCUCUGGGUUUGUUUGGGUUUUCUGUUCUUUCAGAUUCCUUUUUUUAAACGAGAGGAUUGGUGCUGUUCUACAACUGGUAGUUUAGAAGUAUAGAAGUUCACAUAGAUGAAGAAGUCAGGGUUUUUUUUUUGUUCGUUUGUUUUUGGUUUUGUUUCGUUUUUAAAUUAACGGCUUCAGAAACUUUCUGGGAAGAAAGCUUAACUGUUAAAAGCAUUUGAGACAUCACAUCCUCUUCCUAUUGUGUCUCGGUAAAUUCUCCACCUAUAUGAAAUGCCUUUUACUGUGGUGUCUGCAGACUCAUGUUAUGUGCGUUUCCAAAUGAUGAUCCAUUUCAUCCCUUGUUUUCUUCAAAAUCUUACAUACAAAAUGUGCUUUGACAUUCAGUAUAAUGUAAAUAUUGUCAUAUUAUUGAAAGGAAGUGUUACUGCUAUCACUGUCAGUGACAAUAAAAGGGAGCGGGGGCAAUCAGCCAAUCAUCACCCAGCAUAGCUUUAAGAAUGUUCUGCCAAAGUCUCUCUUUUCUUCUUUGUCCAAUCUUUGUUUUUAUUUAUGUAUUUAUUGUUUUAAAUUUUAUUUUAUUUACAGGCUCGUUUUGAAUGGUUGGCGUCACCCCCCACCCCCCUAUUUUCUUUUUUUUUUAUUAUUAUUAUUAUUUCUUUUUUUUUUUUUUUUUCUUUUUUUGUUCUGGCGUGUUGAUGCUCAGACUGCCCCUCUUCUCUUGCUGUGACUAUGGUGGUGCUGUGGUGGCUCUCCAUUGGACUGGUUGCCCUCAUCCCAUUCCAAAUGUACAAAAAAGCUCAACUCUCAGAAACAUUCAAGACUUUGAAUUACUGUGGAUUUGUUUCAACCAUGGCACAACCGUACCAUUGAAAAAAUGAACGAAAAAAAAAACAAAAAAACAGGCAAAACUCAACAGUGGAAAAAAGACAUCACAGGCACAGUACUUUUUUAAUUUUCUGAAGGCUCUUCUCUGAAUCUGAGAGACCUCAGACGGCACAGGUCUCUGUUAGGACUCAUGUAUGGAAAAGGAUUGUGCUUGUUGUGCAAUAACUGUUGCAACAUGACCGCAUUGCUUCCUGUCAAAAGCAUUGCCUUUCAUAGAAUAGCUUUCUUUAAUUGGAUAUUGGGGGAAUUCUUUGGAUAAGCAGUUAUACAAAACAAAGAUAGUAAUAAACAAAUGGUUUAAAAGAACUGGAAAAAUCACAGUUGGGAAAUUUAUAACCACUUACAUAGACAGACCUGAUUUUUGUGUUUUAAUACACUCUCAGUUGUAUUUAAUUGCAAAAAAAAGAAAAAAGAAAAAAAAUCUUUUCUGUAAUUGAUAUGAUACACAGUAAUAGGCGCUGGUGUUAUUUUUGUAUAAACAUUUUAUCAUCUAUGUGGCAUGCAUGACGUAUAUACAAAAUAUGGUGGUUUAAAGCAAUAUGUCCAACCUGGUGCGAUCAGUACCGUCGUGUUCUGUGUAGCCUACAGCCACUCUGUACAAAAAAAGAGAAGAAAAAAAAGA